ACGUGAGUCAGCGGCUCCAUGUGUGCAGACCGUCAGUGGGCAGCAGGGGAGGAAAAGCGUGUUUACACAGACGGCAGAGCGCCUGGGGAAUCGUCGGGGAGAGGAAGUGAGCCGGCUCUGUGUCUGCCUGCUCCAACUUCCUGCUCAGAAAAAGAAAAAAGCCCAGGAUCCGAUUUCAGCCCAGCACAGGCAGCGAGGAGCAACAGUAAGCAUGGAAAAGCGAGGAAUCACACCAGCAACUCCGUAAAGCUUCGCGGAGGAGAAACCGAGUGAGACAUCGCAGGUAUGGACAGUGCCAUCACUCUGUGGCAGUUCCUGCUGCAGUUGCUGUUGGAUCAAAGUCACAAGCACCUGAUUUGCUGGACGUCUACAGAUGGCGAGUUCAAGCUGCUGAAAUCAGAGGAAGUAGCCAAACUGUGGGGGCUACGGAAGAACAAGACCAACAUGAACUAUGACAAGCUGAGCAGAGCCCUGCGCUACUACUAUGACAAGAAUAUUAUCAAGAAGGUGAUUGGCCAGAAGUUUGUGUACAAGUUUGUAUCCUUCCCCGAGAUCCUGAAAAUGGACCCCCAGGCAGUGGAGAUGGGCCUGGCUUCUGGGAGGUUCCCUCUCCAAGAAGGUGAAGUCCCAGAGCUGGAGGUAGAAGAGGAGGAGGAAGAGGAAGCAGAGGAUGAAGCCCAGAGGAGAACUCUGGCAGGCCUCGCGGCGCAGCCUUGUCGGAACGACUAUCUUCGCUCGGGUCUCUACUCCUCGUUCAGCAUCAGCUCCCUGCAAAAUCAGCCAGAGCUGCUCCGAGCCCUCAGGGAGCGCCAAGAGGAACCCCGCUCCGUCAUCUGCUUUGGUGCCAACGGGAGGAGUCCCCCCUCUUCUGCCAAGCCCGAGUCCCGUCUUAUCUCCAGAUCAUCCAAACUCCCUCCUCGUUCCCACUCCCCAUCCUCUCCGAGCGCUCAACCUCCGCAGCCCAGCAGGAGCUGGAGCCCCGCCGUCGUCAAGGAGGAGGACUCUGACUCAGACCAGAAUGCUCAGCCCCUCAACCUCUCCUCAGGACACAGAGAGCGAGCGCUGCAGCCUCCGGAGAAGAGGAGCAGCAGUGGUAGAAGUAGUACUGGUAGUAAUAGUGAUCAAGGAGAUGGACUCCCAUCAAAAAGCAAAAAGCCCAAAUCUCUGGAGAUCUCCGCCCCAUCUUUACUGCUUGCAGGCAGCGACAUCGGCUCCAUCGCCCUCAACAGUCCAGCGCUGCCCUCCGGCUCCCUCACUCCAGCCUUCUUCACUGCACAGACUCCCUCUGGUUUACUGCUGGCUCACAGUCCACUGUUGUCUGGCAUUCACUUCUGGAGCAGCCUCAGCCCCGUCGCCCCGCUCAGCCCCGCCCGGCUGCAGGGACACGGCUCCCUCUUCCAGUUCCCCAGUCUAAUCAACGGACACAUGCCUGUCCCCCUGCCAAACCUGGAAGGAACUCCCUCCUCCCUGCUCCUGUCCCCCACCACCCACAAAUCCUGAUCCAGGGUGUGUGAAAACCUCCAGUCUUCAUCUCAUUUUUAAAGUUUUUCAGCCUCCUCCCCCAUCACCAGCCAUCUCCUGUUUGUCUUAAAGCUUCAUGUAAAUCCUAAAAGACAGCAUGCUGUUUUUUGUUUUGUUUUAUUUGUUUUUUUUGCAAUCAAUUUGCUUCAGAUUCCAGAGAUUAAAGCACUUGGUAAAAGCCAUAAGUCACGACGUCUGAGAGACGCCUGGCUCUUUGUGACAGUUCCACACGACCCGGUCUGUGACGGACAGCAAAAUACCAGCCCGCCGCUCGUACCCUUUCCUUCAAAGUUCAUCACAACGUGAAGGUGUUUCACUUGUGUGGUAUUGUAUGCACUAUGCUUUUCGGAUAGUACCGGCUGUGCCUUGUCUUAUCUCUUUUCUUUUUCAUAAAAACAACCUUUAAUGAAGACGAGAUUUGAAAUCAAAUGAAAAUCUUUGUAACACUUGUAAUUUGCUCUUUUUUAUACUGGACUUGGUAUACAGUAUGUAUUCUGUAUAAUUUUUGUAUUGUGAAGAAUGUCUUGUCAUUUCCAAUAAACAGCAUUGAAUGCU